CUUUUUCGAACCAAUCAGCUUCCUGCACGCUCCUUCAUACCCACAACAUUUCGCUCAUUUCUUCCUUCUCUGUCAGGAAACUGCAGCGUGUCCAACGUUUCGGGUCUUUCACAGACUUAAAAAUGCGUUACGUGGCCGCUUACCUGUUGGCUGUGCUUGGUGGUAACACCAGCCCCUCCGCCAAGGAUAUUAAGAACAUCCUGGGGAGUGUAGGAAUUGAGGCCGACGAUGAACGUCUCAAUAAGGUCAUCAGUGAAUUAAACGGCAAGGACAUUAAUGAUGUCAUGAAUGCAGGCCUUUCCAAGUUGGCCUCCGUGCCAGCAGGUGGUGCUGUGGCAGUCUCUGCUGCUGCUCCUGGUGGUGGGGCUCCUGCAGCUGGAUCAGCACCUGCAGCGGAAGAGAAAAAGGAAGAAAAGAAAGAAGAAUCUGAAGAGUCUGAUGAAGACAUGGGCUUUGGCCUCUUUGAUUAAUCUUUCUUGUUUUUCAUUAAAAACAAUAAAAAAAAAUUUGGAAAAAAAAA